AUGGGAGUGACUUGGUCGCAGUUCUUCCCACCCGCGCCAACCCUCACAGAGGCCAACCUGCCCAGCCAGAAGGGCAAGGUCUUCAUCGUGACCGGCGGGUACUCGGGCAUAGGCCUGGAAUUAUGCAAAAUCCUCUUGGGAGCUGGGGGCAAAGUCUACCUGGCUGGCCGCUCAGAAGAAAAGGCCAAGAGCGCGAUUGAAGAACUCAAGUCUUUGCACCCGUCAUCAGAUGGAGAUGUGCGUUUCCUCCCUCUUAACCUAGACGACCUGACGACCAUCAAAUCCGCUGUGGAGACAUUUACGGCGUCCGAGUCGCGACUGGACGUUCUGUUCAACAAUGCCGCUGUCUCCAACCCACCACAAGGCUCCAUCUCGCCCCAAGGCCACGACCUCCAGCUGGCGACUAACUGCUUGGGACCUCAUCUUCUCACUCAGCUCCUCCUGCCAACACUCAAGCGCACUGCCCAGGGCCAGCCGCCGGCUUCCGUGCGUGUUGUAUGGAUGGCCUCAAUCGUUGUGGACUUAUCCGCUCCUGCAGACGGCGUGAAACUGGAAGAGCUGCUCCGUCGCGACACGCAUCCGCAGCGCAACUACGAAAACACGAAAGUCGGGAACUGGUUUCUGGCAGAUGCGCUCGCCCAUCAAGCAGGAUCUGACGGCAUCUUGAGUGUGGUCGUGAACCCAGGGAACCUAAAGUCGGCGCUGACUCGUCAUUUCUCUCCAUUGGUUCCCUUGCUCGCUGCGCCUCUCUUGUACCAUCCCAGGAUGGGGGCGUAUUCUGAGCUUUGGGCUGGGCUUUCAAGUAACCUGACUAUAUCUGAUGGUGGGAAAUAUAUCAUCCCCUGGGGUCGCAUUCAUCCAAGUCCGAGGACAGACCUGCUGCGCGCGAUGAAGACCAAGGCAGACGGUGGGACGGAGACCGCAGCGACGUUCAUACAGUAUUGCGAUGAUCAGAUCCUGGAAUUUAAAUAA